UUUUACAGGAUGAAGCCUACCUUUGUCCUCAUUCUCAUCCUCAUCUUCCUUGUCCAGCUGAUGACCUCAGAGAGUUCUCAGUGUUCCUUAGACUCCAUGGUAGAUAAAAAGAUCAAGGAAGCUCUCAACAGUCUAGAGUUCAAUCCCUCUGUUCUGACCAAGUUCUCAUGUACCAGUAUCACCAGCUCAGGCAGACUGGCCUCCUGCCCUGCUGGAAUGUCUGUCACCGGUUGUGCUUGUGGCUAUGCCUGUGGUUCAUGGGAUGUCCAGAGUGAAACCACAUGUCACUGCCAGUGCAGCGUGGUGGACUGGGCCACUGCCCGCUGCUGCCACCUGGUCUGAAAAGGAGGAGGCUAAGAACGCAAUCUGGUGACUAUGACUGAAAGGAAACCAUGCUCCCCACCAAGAAAUAUG